AUGGCGUCCCGCCGUGCCCUUGUCUCCUCAGCGCUGCGCGCGUCAUCCGUGAUCCGACCCGCCCGAUCAAUCUUCACUGUCGCAGCCCGCACAGCAAGAUCCUCCGUAGCAUCUCGAGCAAUUGCGCCUUUCGCCAACUCGGCACGAUGCUACAGCGCCAAAUCUAUACCAGAGAGUAAAAGUUGGGAUUUUGAAGACCUUAAGAAGCUAGUUGAGACGGACAAGAACGACAACAUAGUCAUCGUUGACGUCCGAGAACCGACCGAGCUCUUCCAGUCGGGCAAAAUCCCAGGCGCGAUAAACAUCCCUAUUACAACAGCGGCGCAGAGCUUCCACAUCCCCGAGGAAGAUUUCGAAGAUAUGUACGGUUUUGAGAGACCAGACAAGACUAAAGAGCUACUGUUCUACUGCAAGGCAGGCGUGCGUGCAAGAGCGGCCGCGCAAUUGGCGCAACAUGCAGGCUGGAAAAACGUAGGCGACUAUCCUGGGAGCUGGCUGGACUGGGAGGCGAAGAACGGACCGGUAGAACCGGUCAGGAAACUUGGCCAGUGGACGCCUCCAUCGCAGUAA